UGGCGUAGUGGUUAGCACUUUCGCCUUGCAGCGAGAAGAUCCCUGGUUCGCGUCCCGGCUUUCCCGGGAUCUUUCUGCAUGGAGUUUGCAUGUUCUCCCUGUGCAUGCGUGGGUUUUCUCCGGGUACUCCGGCUUCCUCCCACAGUCCAAAAAUAUGCUGAGGUUAAUUGAUUACUCUAAAUUGCCCGUAGGUGUGAAUGUGUGAGUGCUUGUUUGUCCAUAUAUAUAGCCCUGCGACAGACUGGCGACCUGUCUAGGGUGUCCCCUGCCUUCACCUGAGUCAGCUGGGAUAGACUCCAGCCCCCCCCCCGCGACCCUAGUGAGGAUUAAGCGGUGUAUAGAUAAUGGAUGGAUGGAUCUUUCAUCAUCUCAAAAUUAUAAAAUAAUGAUUGCUACUACUGCUUACUACUAAUUUAAAAAGAUAUUCCAAAAACCUGAGUAAAACUGAAAAUGUAGCAGUACUCCAGUUAAAUGCUAGAGACCAGUAGGCUAAAAGUGAAAAUAGUAAAAUUCAGACAGGACAGUGUAUUCAUCUGACAGUAAUCAGUGACACACGACUUCAAAUCUGUUCAGAAUAUCAGCAGAAAAAAAUCCAUCAUACUUACAGAGAUUUUUGCACAGGAGUCACUACCACAGAAGAGAAAGAUGACAGAGAUCGCUGACAGAGGGCCCCACAUCCCCGUACAAAAGACACUUGACACCAGUGCAGAGACUUUAACUAUCUCAGAUAGUAACACUGCUUCCCAGGCUUUCAGCAUGAACCAGAUGAGUGCAGUGUGUCUCCCCCUGCUGUCUGAAAGUAAGAAGAUUAUAUGGGUGAAGUCGGACGAGAUUGACCUACAGAUGAAAGGUACAGCAGAGCUGAACAAGGCCUUCGGCAGGUUCCCAUACCUGUCACACAGACAGAUGGCUGCACUGGCACAGCGCUGCUCCCUGCACCCAGACCAGGUGAAAGUGUGGUUCAUGGCACGACGACUUCAGUAUGGCAUCAGCUGGGACUAUAGCGAUAUCCAUGAUGUCUGGAGGAAGUUCAAGUCACCCCAGACAAAUGCUCAGGGAAAGAAAGAACUACUAAACAUAGUGAAGGAAAAUGUAAAGGAGGACAGUGGAAAGAUGAAGAGAAAGGUAAAGGUGUCUGAAGGGAGGAAGGCAGAAGAGGCCAAGCAAGAACAGAGUGCAAAGGGAGGAGGAAUGAGAGAAGAAACUGUGAGGGCGGAUGAGCUGUUGCCAGAGCAACCAGUGAGAAAACAAAAAGACAGAAAAGUAGAAGAAGACAAAAGCAACAAGCUGAAAAAGCGGAAAAGGAUCUCAGUUACGGACAAGUCGGGAAAAAAGAAAAUCAAGCAAGACAGUGAGGGUAUGGUGGAGGGGGCUGGAAAAAUGGAAGCAAAGAGAGAUGAAGUUAAGAGUGAGGGGCAAAAAUGCACUGAGUCUGAGGCAACAUUUUACGGCAGAAACAAAAAGAAGGCGAGAGUAAACAAGAGAUUAAUGUCCAUUCAAGAGUCUCCUGCAUGCAAGAGCUUUGCAGAGCCUGAAAGGCCAUUGGAUCCUCUGCUCGUACACCAGCCCCAAACCCAAACUUUUGAUGCCUCCCCACCAAGUGGCAACCAGACUGCUCUGCUGAAAGGAGAUGACAUUCCAUCCUCAACCCCAAAUAUUCAUAAGACCCCUAUGAACACCGGCUUGGAGGGGAAAACAGAAAUAGCAGCUUGGCAGGAGCGAGAAUUGUAUGCAGAGGCCACAAACCACAAUGUUUUUGACAAUGACGUCGACACACUGAAGGAGCUUUUGGAAGGGGACAGUUUUGUUGCUACAGACGGUCCGUCCAACUUUCCCCAACAGCAGCGUUCUCUUGACACACGCAAGCCUCCCCCCCAGACCCGCUGCAACGCAAAGACUCAGCCUCAGCUGGCCAUGAUGAGGACGGCUUUCUCACACUGCCAGUAUCCAGACCGUGAGCAGUACGACAGACUGGCAGAGCUGGUCGGCAUCCCCCGCUGCACGUUGGUGCAGUGGUUCAGCGACAUGCGCUAUUACCUGAAGAAAGGAAGGCCUCGCUGGAUGAAUCAGGAGAAGUACGACCGAGCGCUGGCCAACAUCAAGUAUCGGCAAUGCAUCAACGCGCUGGCAAGGACAGAGCCAAUUGAGGGCGCUGUGAAGAUGAUGGUUGAGAGCAGUGAAGGCUGUGAUACAGAGAAUGAGGCUGCAGAAUAGAAAUAACACACGAGGCAAAAUCAUUUCUCCACACUAAGAAUUUUCUUUUUUUUACAGAGUUGUUUGAUAAAAA